AUGGAGACGUUUUUUAAUGAAACCUUUAAGUACCUGGAGGAGAACCUGAUGAGAACAAGGACUAUCCUCAACAAUGUCAGAUCCAGCCGCAGUGCCUUCUCUGUCGCUCUGACCAACGCGAACACUUUAACGUGCACUGGUCCAUUCCGUGAUGACACGUUCGUCAGAUAUUCGCAUGUCUUCAUCAACUUGGGAAACGGCUAUGAUGUCAGCACUGGUUUUUUCACUGCUCCUCGCUCUGGUGUCUACAGCUUGGCACUCACUGUCUACAGUGAUGCUGGAGCUCCUGCAAGCUCACUGGCUGCCUGCGUCAAUCUGCAGGUUAACAAUGUAGUGGUGGCAGGACCUCAAGAAAGAAAUCAGCAAGACCAAGAAGACAGUGCCUCUAUUGUUAUUGUCGUUCACCUGCAAGCUGGGGACAUUGUGACUGUCCACCUGCCCAUUGGGUGUUUCCUCUGUGAUGACAAAAGCCACUACAACACCUUCUCUGGCUACUUGCUGUAUGGUACUGAAUAAUUUAGUUAGGCGUAGCUGCGCUGUCAUUUUACUUAGGAUUUACUGACAGGUUUGUCUGUAGAUGAAAUACUGUAGUUGACAGUCUUGCCUUGUAGUCCUGAAUUUAUAUUCUCUAUCGUAAAUAUACAUUCAAAUAUAGUGCUCUCAGCUUUAUUUUACAUGUUUUAGUUCAGCACAAACAAACCAGCAUUACUUGAUGGAAGAAAGACAUCAAGGUCAAAGUGCAUCAAGAUUUGUAAAAGUGUUUUUUUUUUUUUUUAAUGUAAUGAGUUUUAUCCAAUCCUGAUAAAGUACCUGUGUUCUGACAUCCACCUGUAUAAUGACAAGAAAAUAAAC